AGGGAAUGGUUGCAGGAGCUCUGGGCCUUUUUCUGUACCCUUCUUCCCUGCUUUCCUUGCCCCAUUAUUUUGUCUGAUGUUUUGUGGGUUGGGGAGGAGAAGAAAUGGAGGCUGACUUAGCAGCUCUUUACCAGAGGCCAGGUGAAGGUUCAGUCCUAAUACCUGGCCCCAGGUAAUGCUAAUCUAGGGUCCUUCAAGCUGAGAUAAAGCUCUGGACCCUCUCUGCUUUGGCCCCUUUACCUCAGGCCCUCAAAGCAAGGACACUCAAUUUCCUCACACAAAUAGCCUUAGCUUGGCCUCUGUCGGGAAAGCCCUGUUUGGUUCUGAGAGGAGUUAUUGCAUUAUUGCAUUAUGAACUCACCACAUCCUGUACCUUCCCCUGUCCCUGAAGAGACCAAUCCCUGAAGGCUUUUUCCCCACAGCUAUUAUUGCUCCUUGAGGGGGCCUCGAAUGUAGGCAAGCUUAAUGUAUGGGUUUUAUGUAACUAGAAUAUUUUAAAAUUAAAUACCACCUGAAGUGAACUAAGGCAGCUUGCUAUUUCAAAGAUGACUACAGUGGAGUUAUUUGUGAAAGAAGGAACUCAUUUCUUUUUUCAAAAAAAAAAAAAUGAAUUUUUUUUUUUAAUCUACCUACAUUGUUUGGCCUCUGAAAUUUCAGAACUUAGAACAUGUGUUUGUGUCUGUGCAUCUGUCUUGUUGAAGACAGGACGUGGGAUGAGCUUAUCAGUCAGUCUCCCUUCAAACUACCAUGAAGAAUGGGCCCGUGUCUGCCACAGCUCCCGUAAGGGCUGAGUUUCCUUUAUUAGACUGGGGACUCCCUCAGGGAUAUGCUUGUCUCCUCCAUCAGACUGAAAGCUCCCUGAGAGAGGAGUCUGUGUCUGCCCCAUAAUACUGAAUGCUAGCUAUUUGCAGGGCCUGUGUAUGUCUCUGUUAGUCUGGGGGUGCUCCCCGAGGGCAGGGUGGUUCCCCCUCAGACUCUGGGUUCCAUUACAGCAGGGCAACGUCCACCUCCUCUCCCUUCACUACAGUCUCCACCUUUCAAGAUGCCUUCUUUCAUCCUCUCUCUCCAGACCUUGCAAAACAAGUCGUGUCUCCCCAGGUCCCCCCGCAGAGAACAUAUACAAAAAAGUGAGGCUUCUAGAAGGGCAGACUCUGUCUGUGCAGUGCUCCUACAAGGGCUACAAAAACCGUGUGGAGGACAAGGUUUGGUGCAAAAUCAGGCAGAAGAAAUGUGAUCCUGGGUUCACCCGAGUCUGGGUGAAGGGGCCCCGCUACUUGCUUCAGGACAAUGCCCAGGCCAAGGUGGUCAACAUCACCAUGGUGGCCCUGAAGCGCCAGGACUCGGGCAAAUACUGGUGCAUGCGCAGCACCUCCGGAACCCUCUACCCUUUGAUGGGCAUCCUGCUGGAAGUGUCUCCAGCCCCCACAACUGAGAGGAACACUCCUCUCACACUUCUGGCUGACAUCUUCAAGAGUGGAAUUGUCACAACAGGCCAAGCCCUUCCUUCAGGCCCUGAUGUGCCUUUCACCACUAGCAGGAUGGUGUUCAGCCCUGGAAUCCUCACCUUGGCCAGGCUCUUACCUUCUUCCAGACCCACCUCUAUGACAGGCUACAGCUUCACUGGUACCAGCAGGACCACCACAGGGCCCAGGAGCACCACAGUGGCCCAGACAGUGACUGCGUCUCUGAACAAUGCCAGAGCCUCCUCUGUGGGCCCAGAAUCUGUUUCCACCAACUCUGGACAGCACAGCACCAGAUUGCCAGUGACAGGAAGGUGCCACACCAGCCGAUCUCUCAACAAAUUUCCCUCCCUCAGGCACCAGGAUUUUUAUCCCACUGUGCUCGUGGUGGUGCUGACCUUCCUCCUGGUGCCCGUGAUGUUGAUCAUGGUCUAUGGGUUUUGGAAGAAGAGACACAUGGGAAGCUACAGCAUGUGCAGUGAUCCUGCUAGACCCUGGAAGGACCUACCCAGAAGACCAGAGCCCCCGUGGAAGCCUGCUUGGUCUGAGACCACUUAACUACGGGUGGGGGAGCUUCUCCAGAGGGGCCCCAGGAGGCCAGAGGAAAGGUGAAGACCUGGGCCCAUCCGGGUUGGAGGGGCUAGAGGACUGUGCAGUGCGGCCUCACUCAGGCCCUCUCAGAGCCAGAGGCUGCACUCCACUCAUGUCAGCGGCCUGCAGGAACCUAGGGAGGGAGCCGGAGCAGAGGGCAGCAGGCAGGAAGUCCCAAGGAAAGAGUUCAAGAGGUUUCUUCUUAGAACUGCAGGCCCCAGAGCCCUGGUGGAUGGCAGAGGAGCCCUGGGAUUGUUGUUUAUAGGCAGAGACCCUCAGCUUCUGCUGCCCCAGACCUCUUACUGUCAAGCUGAGGGUGGGGAUGCAGCGAGUGCUGCCCUCUCCACAGCCGGGACCCCUGUCCCAGCUUUCCGCUACUCCCCUCAGCUUCCCGUGUGCCUAGGGAAGAAAGAGUUGGGGCUUAGGAGCUCUGGAGGCAGGCAAUGUCCUGCAGGAGAAGGAACAGUGGCUAAGUGCUGGGGCCCAACAGAGGGGUCAGCAGUAGGGGAGUCCAGAGCUGUCCAAGGCUCCCCCAUCCAGCAAGUGUCCUCUGAGGGGCUUUUGGAUGAACCCUGCCCUGAGGGUGGCUGCUUGUCCCUCCUGUCCUAUGAGCCUGCAGAGCCCACACUCUCUUGCUGCCUCCUGCUGGCUGGCCCUUCCCAGAAGAGCUGCGACCAGACAGAUAAGAGCCCCUGGGCUGCGGGCCGUCCUCUUCCGUGGGGUACAGAGGCCGAAUUCGAGGCUCUCUCCUCCAGCUCCUACACCUGGGUUCCAGGUCUGAGCUCUUGGAGGGGACUGAGGGCCCAGUGGCCUCCAGCCAAAUCCACACCCUGGAGUGACUGAGGCCCUGGCACUGCACGGAGGGCCCUCACCCCACGACAUUGCUGGGAAGGCCAUGGCUCAGAGAAAGAGCAGAUCACCCUCCCUCCAGCUGCCCAGGAACUCACUGUCCCCUGGAGAGAGAAGACCCGUGUGACACCUUGAAACUGAGUGUGGCCUGGAGGAUGGGCCCAGGCAGGGGACAGGAAGAAGGGAGUCCAACUAGCCUCUGGCUGGGACUCCAAUGGCCUGAGGAGUCAUCCACCUGCCCCACUAACUCAUGGUUCAGACUUGACCUCUUACUGCCCAGAACACUGGCCCAGUGUCCAGCAGCAAAGGCUGGGGAAUGCAGCCCGGAUCCCUCCCCCAGAGAGGAGAGUCCAUCAGCCUGGAGAGGCUGGAAUAGCACCUGGGGAUAAACGUGACAUCCACUCUCUCAGGCCUGAGGCAGGACCUUGAUAUGGGAGAGAAAACAUCACAACAGGAGAGUGACACAGCCAGGGCCCUGGUGAUCAGCCAGUGGGCCACUCAUAGGAUGGAUGAGGGGAAGGAAAGGGGUAGAAAGUGACUAGGGACAGAAGGAAGAGGGACCCUCUUCCCUAUUACCAGAAGAGGGCAGUAGAGCGAAGACUCAGUUGAGGAAUGAACACACUAGUCCCAGAAAACACACACACACACACACACACACACACAC